AUGGCUAAUCUCGACUUCAAACAUGCAGUGUUUACGCGAGCGGUAACCUCGCGUUUGAGGACUCCAUCGGAUGCGAUCGUCCGUGCGAGGUGCUAUAUCUACUUGGAAGCGGCGGGCCUGGGCAAGGCUCUGUGUGUCGCGUCGUCUCGUCUUGUUCAGUCCGAUGACAUCGUACUUAGCUUUCCUGGCUUGCACCGUCAAAUCUCGAAUAGCGGCUUUCGAUGCAAGCGUACUUGUCUUGGUCAAAAAAGAAAUGCUGAACAUAUAUGCGACGACAGAUCCACUCCAUCUACGACCAACUCUACAUUGGCGAACACAUAUGACGUACCUAUCAUCGAAUCUCAUGUCUCUCCUUCAAAAUCCCAAGCAAAACACGACCUGGUUACUUAUUAUGCGUCCGUUCCAAUCGAACGAUGCACGUCAACAACAGAUUUUCCUGCAACGAUGUCUUCGUCGGAUGCAACAGUUUCUACACCGUUACCAUGUAAACUCGCAAGAACACCAGGAUUCAAGUCAAAACAUCGCGCACCUAAAGGGAAACGACCUGGAGAUUGUCAAAGGGAAUCGGAAGAGGAGAUAGUAAUAAAGUCGCUACAAAAGCAAAAGGUUCGUGCUAGGCACUAUCGUCGACGAACUUUAGAGGAACGGGACAAGUACAUGGCCGCCAUGUGCGGCACCUCACCGCAGCUGUUCGAAUCCGUUCUAAUUGUUUCGCUUGAAUCGACGAGCUGCUGUGGUGAGGAACCAGUCAGAAAACCAGCAAUCACAUAUCGUUUUCCGGAGGAUAAAAAUGCUGAACACGUGCCAGCCGAGCUAUUCUUCCCUGAUUAUUCACGAGCACAACGUAAAACCUGGGCACGAGAGGAAUUCGUUUUGGCCUUGACGGAUCACAGCGGAGCUAGAAAAAAUGCGUAUUGCCAUAAAUUUCUACCGACAUGGGACGAUAACAAAAAUGGAACAUAUCCAGCUGUGUUAGUGGUUAUUUCGCCAAUUCGAAAUGCUGUAUUCUAUUUGGAUCUGGCUAGAACUAUUCUCAAAUAUAUAGGACGAAGUCGUGUACAACUCACUAGUUUUUUAUCGUCAAUUGUUCAACAUAGUUAUCCACAAAAUAGAGGUGCAAGUCUUGUGGUUGUUGAAAAAUGCGCUACAGGUUGGCCUAUUAGAAUUGAAAUUUUUAAUCAGGGAACAAUUCUUGGAAGGACUGGAUGUUCUCAAGUUAUAGAGCGGAUAUCUCCUGAGAUAACCACAUGCAUCGUUGCAUCACUUUUGGGAGAGCAAAGAAUAUUAUUAGCAGAUAAUACUGUAUGCUCUGUAUCGAAAGUUGUUCAAGUCAUGGAAGCCAUCAUUCAACCCCUAUCAUGGCCACAUGUUUUUAUACCAGCUGUUCCGGAUAACUUGCUUGACCUCUGUCAUAAUCCUACACCUUAUUUGAUGGGCAUAUUAAGAAACAAUCUCGCCCCUAUUCAUGAUCUCAUCAUUGCCGAUCAAACCGGUGAGAACGAUAUAGACCAGGUGGAUUUUGUAUUUAUUGACGCUGACAAUGGACUCAUAAAUCCUCCUCCAGAUGCUUACGUUAAUGAUAGUGGUAUAGCUGCAUGGAAACAGCAGUGUGCGGUGAAUUUUUGUCAAAGACUAGGAAUGCCGAAAAAAGUCAGUAUGGCUUUAAUAACGGGUUUAAGAAGUGCGUUAGCUGGAGGACCUGGACCAGCUGCUGAUCUGCGGGUUGAAAAUAUAGUGUUGGUCUGGUACGCCUCAUUAUUUGGACAUUAUAAAACGGUAGCAUCACAGUUGGAAUGGGGAGCAGCAUUUAAACAACGUCUUGUGGAUACGCAGCCUGACAAAUCUAUUAGGCCAUACUUAUCCUAUUUAUGUGAAACUGUAAUGUUUCAUGAAUGGAUCGUAAAAAGGUGCUCCAAAACACUAGAUCCAUCUGAUCCGCUGCCAGGUAGCGAAGAAUUCCUUAAUCGACGAAUUGAUAAGCUUUAUUCAGCGGGUGUUAACUGCUUUGCUACAAGGCCAUUGGCUAAAAUGUUCACAAAAGUCACUAAUGUUCUCAGGGUAAAGAAAUAA